AUGCGGCGUAUGAACGACUUUACCCAGAUGACAGAAUUUGCGAUGCAGAAUCCGUUAGGAAGAAAUAGAUAUAAGGAUGUCGGAUGCUUAGAUAAUGCUCGCGUUGUACUUAGGAUUGGUGAUGUAUCCUAUAUCCAUGCAAACUAUGUUUCAACACCAGUUAACCCAAAAAGAUUCAUCUGUACCCAGGCUCCUCUACCCAAAACAUGUCCUGAUUUUUGGCAUAUGAUUGUUCAGGAAAAAACUACUGCUAUUAUAAUGUUAUGUAACUUUAUUGAACAGAACGCAAAGAAAUGUGCAGAGUACUUCCCAACCCAAUUGGGACAACCUUUGACAUUUGAGGGCGACGUACAUGUUGUGUUUAGAGACCAAGAAAUGUUGAACUUCCCAUUCGACACCAAGGUUCGGGUGCGGGUUACCCGACUUGAUGUAAGCGUUCCUGGCCAACCGAUUCACACUUGCGCGCAUUAUCACUGGUUGGACUGGCCAGACCGAGGAGUUCCAGAAGCUGAUCUGGCGCCAAUCGCUCUUCUGGGAAAAGUCCAAGAUAGCACCACACCAAUAGUAGUACAUUGUUCGGCUGGUAUUGGAAGAACAGGGUCUAUCGUCCUGAUACAGCAUGCCUUAGAG